AAUAGUUUGGUUCCGACAGCACGUUGAUUGAGAGGGAGCGAGAAAUUCUUAUAUGCUGCUUAUGUAGAACCUUUAGCUAAGGUGCCGUAAGUGGUGGCUCGUGCGGGGCUAUACUGUAUAAGUGAUAUAUUACGGGGCAUGCUGUCAUUUGUCGAGAGACGUGAACCGCUGAAUGGAUGCAAGUUUCGGAGAAACUUUAAACGGCCCUAGCAAGACUUUAAAAGUGCUUUUCUCCUCAUAAUCCCACAUAAGCAGCCGCAGUCUCUUUUUUUUUUAUCUUUUCCUUCCGGUACUCGGAUCGAUAUCUCAAGUCGUCUUUCCUAAAAAAUAUCUGUACCUGCUUUAUUAAAUAUGGACGAUCGAGAUACAGCAGACGAGCAUACCAGAUUUCUGCCAAACAAUGACUGUGACGAAGAAAAUAACAGUGGUGCAACAAACAAACAAGAAUCUUGGAGCGAUCUAAAGCCCUAUAUUCGUCCACUACUGGCCGCCAACUUUAUUAGUGUCGUAUGCGGUUUAAACGAUGGUAGUAUUGGUGCAAUCAUUCCACGAUUAAAAGAUUUCUAUGGCAUUCCUAACGAAACCGUUUCGUUAUUGUUCUUGUGUAACUCGUUCGGUUACUUUCUGGCUGCCAUGGUGAAUGGAUAUCUCGUUCACAAGCUUGGUCAGCUGGGAGCCAUGUACUUUGGAGCCAUUAAUCUCUUGAUUGCAUAUUCACUGAUUGCUACCGGCUUUCCAUUUGGUAUUAUGGCUAUUCUCAUGGUUCUGCAAGGUUCUGGUGUUGCUCUCUUGGAUGCGGGCAUGAAUGUUUACACAUCGAGCGUUCCCAAGGCAACGCUUAUGCUUAAUGUGCUUCAUGCACUUUACGGUGUUGGUGCCAUGCUAAGCCCUCUGAUAAACGCUGCACUUCUAAAGAGGGGUGUCUCUUGGCAGGGAUUGUAUGUUGCUUUGGCUAUCUUUUCGACCCUGAACUUGCUAUUCAUCACAUUCGGUUUCCGCAACGUCAAGGUGGACCUUGUUGAUGACGAGGAAGAUGAAGAACAGCAGAAUAAUCCAGCACGACACAAGGAAAUAAUGCGAGCGGCUAUGCGCCAUCCUAUGACCACCCUUGGUGCUCUGUAUAUCCUUGUAUACGUUGGGACUGAGGUUACCGUUGGCGGUUGGGGACUGACAUUCCUGCAGCAAGGUCGUCAUGGCGACUAUGUGGCCAUGAGUAAUGUGAUUGCUGGUUACUGGGCCGCGCUUGCUGUAGGACGGAUCAUUUUGGGUUAUUUGUGCGAACGAUUUGGCGAAAAACGCAUGAUCACAAUUUUCACGUUGAUGACCGUCGCUGUGCUUGCGGUAAUUUGGGUCGUCGCUGAUAUUGUUGUUGAUUCCAUUGCUAUUAUUUCCGCUGGCUUUCUCCUGGGACCCAUGUUCCCGAGUACAAUUUCUUUGGCUUCUAAGGUUCUUCCCAAAAGCAUGCAUGCUACAUCAAUUGGAUUUAUGGCUGGUACUGGAGCAGGAGGAGCCGCGUUGUUCCCCUUCAUUACAGGUCAAAUUGCUGGUAGAUUUGGUAUCCUGUCAAUGCCUGCAGUGUGCUUGGCAAUGGCUGUUGUCAUGCAGAUUUUAUGGACGUUUGUGCCAUCUGAUAAAGGUUCGACUACGGCGCCUGCUUCCACAAACAAUCGCAACGGUUACCAAGCUGUACAAAAUUAAACACAGAUAGAGGUCCAUACAUCCACAUAUUAAACGUGAUCUCCCUUUGUUACUGCGCAUCUUAUGAUAAGAUCGCUGCAUCUUUUUUGAUUAUCAAUUCAAUAUUCAAUCUCAAAGAUACAUUAGAUGUAGAUUCAAUGACAGUCGAUAAUGUUCUUGUCACUUACUUGCAGUGCGUUGAUUGAGAAGAGAAAAUACAUAGUAGAAGGUGG